AUGUCUAGCAGUGCAAUUGUGAAACCAAUCAUUUAUCGUGAGUACGUUUUGAAACAUUUCCCAACUACAGUUAACCCAGAGUACAAUCCAGUUGACUUCAUAAUAGGCUUUGCUAGUGAGGACUAUUACUCAAAUGGAAAAGGCACAGGACAUUUCCAUCCCACCUGGGACCCUGCUACUUUCAGCCCUAAAAAGAUGAAAGAACUCAAGGAAAAAUAUCCACAAGUAAGGUGGGUGAUAAGCAUUGGUAGCGCCGUGGGAACUGAUUAUCCAUUCAAUCCUCAUGAGAAACAUGUGUGGAUUGCAACUGCUGUGAAAUCCAUCAAAGAUAUCAUCCAUACCUAUGACGUCUAUGACGACGGCAACCAUAAAAACAUAAUUGAUGGUAUUGAUAUUCACUAUGAAGCUAUCAAAUCGAGUCCUGAAGACUUCUCCUUCUGUAUUGGACAAGUGAUAAAGAAACUCAAAAAUGAUCCUCAUCUAUCCAUUAAGGUGGUGUCCAUUGCUCCAACAAAAGACACCCAGUCGCACUACCAAAAACUGUAUUUUGAAAACCAAGACUAUAUUGACAUUGUUGAUUACUUGUUCACCAAUCUGCAUUCAAUUGAAGAUUUUGUAAAAAUCUAUCAAAAACUAAUAGCCGACUACAAUCCUGCUCUAGUUCUUCCAGGAUAUCUAAACCCACCUUUUCGGCAUGAUAGAACCAAAGAGUUCAUCAUGUACCUUGUCAAACACAAAUCAGCCCCUGGUUUUUUUACAUAUCCUUCUCACGACUAUCUUGACCCUGGACCUCUAUCUAUCUAA